GUCAGGUGACACUGAUUGUCUCUGACAGAAAACAAGAAAUCUGUUUUUUCACCGUUUCCUUAACCUUUUCUCCAUUAUGUUUAGCAAUAACGUUGUUAAUGGGCCCUCCGUAUUCACCCCCAAAAAUUAAAUUACAAAUGACAGUUCUAUCGUGGAUGUCGCCUUCGAUUUUCGCAAAGACUUAUGGGUAACAUACGGCUGUAGAGCGGCACGAGACAGCCGACAGAAAACAACGUUCCUGUAAUAGGCAAUUAGCCAAUGUUUAUUUCUGUCCCAGCUACGGGGAGUUUGCUCAUCGUUAACUGCUGUUCGGAAGAGUAACGAGCCGGUUGUGUGCUGUGUUCUCAAUGCGCAAUAUGAGCAUCAGCGAGCAUUCCCUGCAAGCUUUGUCCUGGAGGAAGCUCUACCUGAGCCGGGCUAAACUGAAAGCUUCCAGCCGAACCUCCGCUCUGCUCUCCGGAUUCGCUAUGGUGGCCAUGGUGGAGGUACAGCUAGACAACAGCUACCCCUAUCCUCCCACCCUGCUGAUCGCCUUCAGCGCGUGUACCACCGUUCUGGUGGCCGUGCACCUUUUCGCUCUAAUGGUCAGCACAUGCAUCCUGCCCAACAUCGAGGCGGUCAGCAACGUGCACAACAUAAAUUCGGUGAGCGAGUCGCCGCACGAGCGCAUGCACCGCCACAUCGAGUUGGCCUGGGCCUUCUCCACUGUCAUCGGGACACUCCUCUUCCUGGCUGAGGUGGUGCUCCUCUGCUGGGUCAAGUUUUUGCCCGUCAAACCCAGCAAAGCCGGCAACAACACGAUGUCGGCGGGCGUGGCCGCCGCCAUCACCUCCACGUCCAUCAUGGUCCCCUUCGGGUUGGUGUUUAUCGUGUUUGCCGUUCAUUUCUACCGCUCGCUGGUCAGCCACAAGACAGACAGACAAUUCCAGGAGCUGGAGGAGCUCUCCAACCUCACCAGGCUGCAGAACCAGCUGGACAAUAGAGGCGAGUCCAUUUUGCAUUCGCCAAGCUCACAUUUCCCUUAAGAUGUACGUGAGAGAGCCGUCGGGAGAUCACGGAUAAAAAUAACACACAAAAAAAAAAAUCAGCACCGGCUGUGCUUUACUGCACCUAUCGUGUGUGCGUGCGUGUGUGGUGCGCACGACUGACACACUCGCCAAAAAAACUCACAUCACGAGAUAAUCGGCAAAGAUCGUCUUUCCAAAAUCAUUGUUGAGGAUCAUCUUUGAGACACUUGAUUAUCGGGCUGCUUUCAGACUUCCGAGAAACCACGUUUUCUGGAUUUAAUUGCGGGGGGCUAAAAUGUGGUCCGAUUGGCUCCUCGUGUGUGGUGUGUAACACUCGUGAGUCUCCUACCCUAAACUUGACGAUGACAACACACAUUAGGAUUUGCAAUUGUAAAUAAUAAACAGGUUUACCAUUUAAAUGCUUAAAUUUGGCCCGAUGAUCAGGAUGUGUGUACCCAACUCGUGACAUUGUCGUUCCUCUCUAACAAAAAUGUCAUUACCUCCCGAGUGAAUUGUUUCGUUUAUUUUGCUAUUAUUUCAACAAUGUAAAGACGGCAUAUCGCAUGAAACUUGAAAUCACAAAAGUCUUAACUGUCAAUGUUUUAUUUAUUUUUUUCAUCACUUGAGCCCUCUUGUGUCUUGCCUGCUGUUUAUCAAUUAUCAUUUGUGGUAAUUACCUUGAUUUAAACUGUCAUCAUUUUGAUCACUUGACUGAAUUUAACGCGUUGCAUUUGUGCAUCUCAACUGGCGAGUUAAGCUGAAAAAAAAAGGUACCUUUACCUCUUGGGAGUGAGCCCCACCUUGUGCACUGGACUCCUGCAUGCAGGGAGAUUUAAUUUAUUUUUUUAAUACCCAAGAUGAAAGAAAGUGGUAUGAGUUUGUAAUGAGAAACGGUAAUACCGUGAGUGUGACCAAUGUACUGUCAAUGUUACAGUUGAUUUUGAGCACCAAGAAAUAAUAAAGCACCCGUGGUACGCACA